AUGAGCAACAAGCAACCAAUUGAGCUUGACGAUGAGCAAAUCGCUGAGCUGCGUGAAAUAUUUCGUUCAUUUGAUCGGAACAAUGAUGGGAGUUUGACACAACUUGAGCUAGGAUCUCUCUUGAGAUCACUGGGUCUAAAACCAAGCUCGGAACAGCUUGAAACCUUGAUUCAAAUGACUGAUACGAACAGCAACAGUCUGAUUGAGUUUUCGGAGUUUAUAACACUUAUGGCACCUGACCUCCUUCCAGCUAAGUCUCCAUAUACAGAAGACCAACUAAGGCAGUUGUUUAGGCUUUGA